AUGCCCACCCCCCUCUCCCCUCCAGAUUGUCUCUUCAAAGUCUGCCCCAUGAACCGGUACUCUGCCCAGAAGCAGUACUGGAAGGCCAAGCAAACCAAGCAGGACAAGGAGAAGAUUGCAGACGUGGUGCUGCUGCAGAAACUCCAGCAUGCAGCCCAGAUGGAGCAGAAGCAGAACGAGACAGAGAACAAGAAAGUGCAUGGGGAUGUGGUGAAGUAUGGCAGUGUCAUCCAGCUCCUCCACAUGAAGAGCAACAAGUACCGACUGACAGUGAACAAGAGGCUGCCAGCCCUGCUGGAGAAGAAUGCCAUGAGGGCCUUGGAUGCCACCGGCAACGAGGGCUCCUGGCUCUUCAUCCACCUUCUGGAAGCUGAGGAGGCAAUGGGGAUAACGUAGUUUGUGGAGAACAAAGUUCAUCCUAGACACCCGUUGAACGCCGGCAGCCCCUGCACGCCAUCAACUACGAGCUGGACUGACAA